AUGGUUCAGUUCAGUAAGUUCAUCACAAAUGAUCAUAAUUUAUUUUUACAGAAAAAUCCACGGACAUUACCAAUCCUAGAUGACAAUGGUUUCCUAUUGGGAGAAAGUAACGCAAUUCUCCAGUACCUGGCAGAACAAUACGGAAAAGAUGACACAUUAUAUCCAAAAGAUCCAAAAGCUAGAGCAGUUGUGAAUCACAGACUCUGUUUCAACUUGUCCACUUACUAUCCAUGUGUUGCGCAUUACACGUUGGGGCCAGUGAUUCUUGAUAAUCCAAAAUCUAGUGUGGAUGAACAUAAAAUGGAUAUUGCCCUGGAUAAUUUCCACGAUCUCUUGAAGUUACUUAUGAAGGACUAUGUUGCAGGAGAUACUGUGACAAUUGCAGAUUUUCAAUUGGUAGCAACGACCAUGUGUCUCCAAUUUGCCAAGGUCAACUUGAGACGUUGGCCUCUAGUUAAAAACUGGUAUAACUCGUACAAAUUCGCACAUCCAACUUUAUGGAAAAUUGUUGAAGCGGGAAUGAAAGAACUUGAUGGUUUCCGUGCACCCAGUGAGAAAAAAGAAGAGCACAAACCACUUUCUCAUUUACUAUUACCACUCCCAAAUUAAAUAUGAGAGUUUGAAAUUUCGAGUUGAAUGUGAACAAAAUGUAUUCAUCAAAUAAUGUGGAUUAUCACAAUAACUUAAUAUAAUAUUUUCUUUUGCACUACAAAA